AUGUGUCAGCCAAAGAAACAAAACCUUUCUGUUGCUGGGACAUGUUUCUGUGUAAUAAAGUCUAAAAAUGACUAUUUUACUCUAUUGCAGUUCAGGGACAGCCGUCAGGAGCCUGUGACUAACAUGGACCUGACUCAGCUGGAUGUCCCGGCAGAGCUGGCUGCUGUGCUGCGUUCUCCUCAGGUUCAGUCCAAUGCCCAGAGUGCGCAUAUUACAGAAGUCUCACCGCCCCAGGUGAAGGCUCAGUCCACCCUAAUACUCCCUCCUGAUAUCGACAACUAUCCACUCUCUGCAUUUAUCCAGUCAUAUUUUAAGGACUAUGUCCUCCCCCCUCUGGACCAGCCAUUACAGCAUCCACUCACUCGUGUGGCUCAGCAUGAUCAUAGAGCUGCUCUUGAGCUGUACAAACUGAUUUUGAGGUUUGUGGGAGAUGCAAUGAUGCCAAGCUGGCAGCAGAGGAUUGUGGGUAAUUACAUAGCAGAGCGGUGCCUAUGCCAGCCCUCGCUGAGGGAUGAACUGCUUUGUCAAGUGGUGAGCCUGACCGUGCAAAAUGACAGUGAUGGACAAUGCCAGCGAGCCUGGCUUCUCCUUUCAGCAUUACUCAGUUGUCUUAUACCAUCACCCACCCUUGAGAAACCCCUUCUUAAGUAUGUCUCAGACAGAGCUCCAGAUGGUUACAAAGCUACUUGCCAACAUAAAAUGCUGCGGGCUGGACAACAUGGAAGCCUUGACUAUUUACGCUCCCAUGCACCAACUAUAUUGGAGUGGACAGCCAAUGAAAGGAGAGGGAAGAUGGUGGUAGAUUUGUUGACUUUCAGCGGUGAACGAUAUUCCACUGAAGUGGAUUCUUGGACAACAGGAGAGCAAAUUGCUGGAUGGCUUCUGCAAUCGAGAGGAACAGGAGAUCUCAACCGGGGUUGGACAGUCUCCAUACUGGAUAGAGAUCAGUGGAUUGAUUUGUGUGGAAGUGACUUCUUGCUGGAUGUGAUAGCAGAAGUUGAGGAUGGAGCUCCACCUCCUUUUUCUGAAUCAGCUGAUUAUCCCUUUGGAGAGGAAAGGAACAUCCCAGAGCCCCCUCCUGUCUUUGCUCCAACAUUUGCACCUGAUUAUCCAUCCUUCCCUGCUCCGGGGAUCCCACCUCCUCCUCCUCCCCCUUCAGUUCCACCUCCACCACCUCUUGCUCCAUCAUAUGCACCACUACCACCACCUGCUCCACCUUUAUUGAACAGAGGCAGUCUUCCAAUACCACCAGCUCCCUCAAUGCCAGCCCCUUUACUGUCAAAUGGAGGUCGUGAUACUCCCCAGAGGCUUGACAACUACGUAGAUAAUUUGUUUGACCCUGUGUUGUCUUCGCCAAUGGAUUUAGAGAGGUCGGAGAGCCUAUACAGACGCAUGAAGGGUGGUGGGGGUAUUGGCCCUACACGACAAGGAUCAUUUGCCCCCUCCGGUUAUACAGGAAUGGGUACAAUGCCUUCAUACCCUAUGCCAAUGGUGAAUGGGAUGAUGCCAGCUAUGGGCAGUAUGCAGAUGAUGCCUUCUAUGCCAGCUAUGAUGCCCCAACAAGCAAUGAUGCCCCAACAAGCAAUGAUGCCCCAAGCCAUGAUGCCACAGCCAAUGCCCAUGUCCCAGCCAGUGAUGCCCAGUCUGGACCCUACACAACUAGCAGCUCAACAACAAGCAUUUAUCAACCAACAAGCCCUACUCCUGGCUCAGCAGAUGACUCUUCAAGCCACAAUGUUAUCUCAGCAGCAGUCACCACGGCAGGACACUCCACUUAAGACUAAAGAGCAAGAACCUCCUGCGGUCUCUAAGCCUGCCUUUAAGCCUGCCCCUAAACCUGCUCAUAAACAAACACCUGCUACUGUUCCUGCCUCCUCUCCAGUUCCUUCCCAAGCACCUGCUUCUGAACCCUCUCCUGCACCAGUUCCUGCACCUGCUCCCCCUCCGGGCCCUCCAGCUCCAAAAGCCCCAGCACCCAAAUCAAAACCAGAGACAGAGUUUCAUAAACCUAAUGAUUUUCCAGAGGUUUUUUACAAUGAGGAUGACACUGAAUAUGUGUUUCAAAAACGAACUUUUGAGCAAAAACGACAAUUCUUCCAGAAACUGGGCGGUAAAGAGAAAAAUGUAAAAUCACAGCGACCUCCUUCCAAAAUCCUUCUUCCCAUCCCAAGUCCAGGGUCUGAAAGUGAGGAAGAAACACCUGAACCAGCUGAGCCAGAACCCCAGCCAGAUAUGUCCCUUCAAAAGGCACCACCUGUUCGACCUACCCCAACCCCUACCCCUAUCAAGCCAGAGCCUUCAAAUAAAGAACCCAAGAAGGGAGGGAUUGUAGUGAGGCCUGCUUCAAAGCCACAACCCAGCAGGGAGAUUAGGGAAAUCAUCAUGAUGUACCAAAACCGACCACAAUCAGAACCCAAACCCUUUGAACCAGUCAUCAAUCCAAAAUAUAACGAUUACUCUGCACAAUUGGAUACGACUCUGAAAAAACUUGAUGAUGAACUAACGGAGAAUAAACUAAAGAAAUAUCAUAGAGACUGUAAGGAUUAUGAACUCAAUACAGUCUAUAAUUGGACCAUAAGCAAACGUAAUACUGGGAAGAGAAAUAACAACAAAAGAAAGACAACCGACAAGAAGGUCACCUUUUCCAGUUUUGAAACUGAUGUUAGUGAUGAAAGUCCAAGAGCUUCAACUCCUAUCAGUGAACAGACCAAUGCAAGUGAUUUAACAGUUAAACCUAAGAAGGGAUCCACUCAUAGAUCCAUAGAAGAGAUCACAUCGACUGCUCAUAUCAGCAGUUCACAUGGAGCAGUUAAUGUUCUGGCAAAAAACGAUCUAACUAUGGAGGUCAUCAAUCCAAAAUAUAACGAUUACUCUGCACAAUUGGAUACGACUCUGAAAAAACUUGAUGAUGAACUAACGGAGAAUAAACUAAAGAAAUAUCAUAGAGACUGUAAGGAUUAUGAACUCAAUACAGUCUAUAAUUGGACCAUAAGCAAACGUAAUACUGGGAAGAGAAAUAACAACAAAAGAAAGACAACCGACAAGAAGGUCACCUUUUCCAGUUUUGAAACUGAUGUUAGUGAUGAAAGUCCAAGAGCUUCAACUCCUAUCAGUGAACAGACCAAUGCAAGUGAUUUAACAGUUAAACCUAAGAAGGGAUCCACUCAUAGAUCCAUAGAAGAGAUCACAUCGACUGCUCAUAUCAGCAGUUCACAUGGAGCAGUUAAUGUUCUGGCAAAAAACGAUCUAACUAUGGAGGAAGAUCUUAAUGUGGUGAAUUUAUCAAGUACACAACUUAACAAUGAAGAACUAAGUAUACUAUCCAAAGGCUUGGGGUUUGCGCCAAGCAGGGACUUUAACCUUUUCCGCACUCUGAUCGAUUUAAACAGGUUUACCAGAAAGCUUACAUUAAAGAGACACUUUGCUAUGGCGGAGAGGGUCUCUGCUCAAGAAUCUAAUGCUGAUCCAUCAUUGAGGGAUAAUACCGACGAAGAAUCUGUGAAUGAUACAAGUCUAAGUCUUUCUACCACUAAUACAGAUAUGGAUGGACUCAAUUUUGUUGAUCAAUGUGAAAUCGUUAAUUUACUUUCACUUGAGAGUGAGAGUGCACGAUCCAAUUCACUUAACUUGCAUAUACCUAAAGUUGCAACUAAUGCUAGUAAAUUUUUUUACCCCAUACAAAUGAGAGGUGACUUCAUUGAAGUCUUUCAGAGCUUAGUGGAAAGGGACCUUCAUGCCCUAGCAAAAGAAACCAAUACUAAUCAGAAACAUGGUACAAGUAGCAACCUGUCUAAGCAUGAAAGAAACACCUUGAGAAAAUUACAAGAUAAUAAAACCCUUGUCAUUCAAAAUUCCGACAAGGGAGGCUGCAUAGUUGUACAAGACAGGGCACAAUACACUAGUGAAGCCCAUAAACAACUUAGUGAUAGUGCCACCUAUCGGAAAUUAACGUUUAAUCCUACAAGACAAUUUGUUAUUGAAUUAAAUAACUUUCUUGACAUGUCUGUUCAGGAAGGCAUUAUCACUAAGUUUAAAGCAGAUUCCUUAAAAACCCAAUUCCCAACCACACCGGUUUUUAAACAUCUACCCAAAAUUCACAAAAAUAGGGAAUGUCCUCCUGGUCGCCCUAUCAUUUCCGGUGUGGGCUCCCUUGGAGAAAAAUUGGGGUCUUUUAUUGAUACGGUUCUUCAGCCGAUUGUCCAGAUAACCCCAGCAUACCUUCGUGAUACCAAACAUCUGUUAAGGCUUUUAAAUUGUUUACAUAUUAAUGAGGAUGACACUUUACUUACUAUUGAUGUCACAUCAUUAUAUUCUUGUAUACCCCAUAACCUAGGCAUAGAGGCCUUAAAAGCCAUGUUAAAGAUGUACACUGCAUAUGAUGACAAGUUCAUUGGAUUUGUAUGUGAUGGUGCAAAUUUUCUUUUGAAUCACAAUAACUUCACAUUUGAAGGCACACACUAUGUUCAAAAUCAGGGCACCGCUAUGGGUGCAAAGUUUGCACCAUCAUAUGCAAAUCUAUACUUAACCAAUUUUGAAUUUCAGAAAAUAUUUCAUCAUACCAAUCCUUUUAGGUCUCAGAUAAAGUUCUACCGAAGAUUUAUUGAUGACCUUGUAAUAGUAUGGAGUGGAGAUAUGAACUCCAUACCUCCAUUCUUAGAAUAUCUCAAUGCAAACCACUAUAACUUGGGAUUUACUCAUACUGCAUCUAAACACAGUAUUCCAUUUUUAGAUAUCACAUUAACGUUAGAUACUUUAUCUCAUUCAGUCCUUACCUCCACAUUCAGAAAACCUACAUCUGGCAACACAAUUCUACGAGCUGACUCUCACCAUCCAGUACAUCUUAAGAUGGCCAUUCCCAAGGGACAAUAUAUGCGUCUUAGACGUAACUGUACCAAUAUUAAUACAUACAAAGAACAAGCCUCAUCUCUUACACAGCGUUUACAAAUUAGGGGACGACCUGCACAAAGUUUUCUCAAGAGGAAAGAUCCCAAACAGGAGGCACUUGAAAGGCUGAGGCUCGGUAGUAUUUCUCCACAGGAUUCCCCUGAUUCUCCCACAGAAGGUGUCGUUCAAGAGAUGCAGAAGACACUUUCUCAAAUAUUCCAACCUGAUUUUAUUCCUCCUCCCCCAAAUAUACAGGCCCCAGGUUUAGAAUCGCCAGUUCACUCAGGACGUAUCCUUGACAGUGACAACACCAUGAAGUCCUAUUUAAGCAAAUUGGAUGCCAGCGUAUUUUUCUCAUACAGUGAUGUGACGUGGAGACUGCAUGUGCGCAAAGAGGUCUUCUAUCCCAAAGAAAAAUUUAGUCACCCGUACUACCUGAACCUGCUAUGUGAACAGAUAAUACGAGACACAUUUUCUGAUUCUGGAAUCCGACUAACUCGGGACGAAAGGAGAAAGAUGAAAGACUUACUUAAUGAUUUCCGUGUGGGAGGUGAUGCAAAAUCUAUAACUGAGGACAACAUUAAGAAGCGCAUUGUAAUUUCUGCACGGGACAACUGGGAGAAUUACUUCUCACGCCUCUUUCCUGUCAGUCUAGAGGAGGCAAAUGACCAGCUGAUUCUAGGGGUAUCACAUCGAGGUAUCCGACUGUUAAAGGAGGUAAACGCUACAGGAAUCAACCAGAGACAUCUGAAGACUCUUUGCAGCUAUAGUUUUGCAGACAUUUUGUCCCUGGAGAUGAAGGCAGCGCAUUCCCUGAAGUUCUGUCUGCGCAAUGAGGAAUUACUGCUGCAUUCAGAGAAGGCCCAGCCGCUCAAGGCCCUUGUGGACUUGUUUCUUUAUGAGUUGCUAAAGGAUUCAAAUCAUGUGGUCGCAGUGCGCAGUCACAUUACAGAUGACAAGAGCCUCCUACACUUUAAACAGGGUGACAUCAUUAAACUGUUGCCAAUGGAUGGACUACAACCAGGGUGGCAGUUUGGUUCGAUUGGUGGGCGUUCUGGCCUUUUCCCUUCACACCUGGUGAAGCCGGCAGCCGCUCCAGAUUAUCACUCAGUGCUGGAGAGGAGGGAGGCAAGCAGGAAUGGAUCCACUAUACUGCAGAGAAGCAUCAGCAGAGAGAGUACCCCAACAAGUGAGGUGUCACAAUCGCCAUCUCCUCUGCCCAUUGACACUGCCCUUUACACCAUGGUGGAGUUUGCUCUUAAGUAUUUUCGUGAGUCGCAGACCAUGAUGGGCUGGAAAGGAAUGAUAGCUGAAGGAAAGCGGUCAAUUGAACUUGUGCAAUUCACAAAGGUUCCCAUCCAAGAGUCUCUUAUUUUCUACACAGACAAAGAGUUAAAUGAGCUGGCAACGAACAACUUUAUGACUCUGAUGAGGUACAUGGGAGAUCAGCAUAUGAGAGAGCGGGAUGAUGAGGCAUGUGUGUACGAGAUCCUGCAGUUAUGCAGAGAGAAACAAGCUCUGAUUGAUGAGGUUUACUGUCAAGUUAUAAAACAAAUCACAGAAAACCCUAAGGCGGAGAGCUGCAACCGUGGCUGGCUUCUCUUGAGCCUGAUAACCGGAUUCUAUGAGCCAUCCAAAACAUUAUUGCCAUAUGUUACCAAAUACCUGCAGGACAGUCAAGACUCAAACCAGGAGAUGUCCCGAACAUGCCAGGAACUCCUCCGGCGCACGGUGUUGUACCACGGUAGAAGGCACCUUCCCUCGAGGCGAGAGCUCGAGGCGCUGAUGGGUGGACGGGUGACCAGACGUCUUAUAGUCACCUUUCCUGGUGGAAUUGAAUACACUACCAAAAUCAAAACUUUCACAGUGGCAGCUGAUGUGCUACCUGAAACCUGUGAACAGAUAGGCGUGUCUGAUCCAAAUGAGGUGGAAGAAUUUGCCCUCUUUGCCAACAAGAGUCAAGGUGAAGUAGUGCGGCCGCUGAAAGGUGGAGACUACAUCCAAGAUUUCCUACUACCAGACAACUCUGUAUCUCUGGAAUUCAGACGAGUCACAUGGAAAGCACCUCUGAGCGGGCGCAGUGAGCUAUAUGUACAGGUGCACUUCAACCAGGUGCUCCCUGAUUACAUGAGAGGCAAGGCCCUUUUACUAAGCACCCAGGACAAGCUGGAGAUGCAGACAGGGACAGUGGCUGGCAUUCUUCAUCGAAUAAAAGGGCUGAGCAGCCCCCCAAGCAAGCAGGAACUCCAGGAAUAUAUUCCCAGCAAUGUGCUAAACCGAGUGAACCUUCAGUCAGUGCAGCAAAAUCUCAUGCAAGCGUUGAGGGAAACCCAGAACAUGAGUCCACUGCAGGUCAAGACCCGUUUUCUGGAAACAGUAGCAGGGCUCCCCCUGUUUGAAUAUAGUGUGUUUAUGGUGAAAAGGAUCAGCGAGCCCGGAGUUACCUCCCCGUGUUUUGUGGCGGUCAAUCACCAGCAUUUAUUAAUCUUGGAGAAUAACAGUCAGAACCCACAUUGCAGCAUUGCUCUGCAGGACAUCCAGACUAUGCGCACUAUGCGUGCCCUGGACAGCAACACAUUGCCUGGUGUGGAGGUGCAUCAUGGCACAGCCUCCAAUCCCCGUACCUUGUGGAUGGAGCUCUCAGAGGCUAAGGAGCUGUACCACACCCUUACACUGAUGAUAAAGAGCCUGGAAACUGCUUCUUCAUAGAAAAUCCUACUGUCGUCCAGUUCUUGUGUAUAAAUACAAUCUAAGUUAAUUAUGUGUUGAUUUAAAGGUGCAGGACACUGGGUGACUCAUACGCGAGAGGAUGCAUUUUAUCUCAAACUGGGAAUGCCCUGUGGUCAUGUUUUGGGCCACAUUGGUUAGGAUCAGUUGAACCUGCAAGCCUCUAUAGGCGCAGCACCUAACCAGAACCAUCAGCUACUAUACAAUAUAUAGAUAUUAGCCAUGUACUGUAGAUUGUUGCAGGGACCUUAGCCAUCUUAGUAAUGAAAACCAAAAAUGAAUGAAUUCCUGUCUCUAUAGUGCUGCUGUAUCUACAAUGCAGGCGAUAACCAGGCAUGAUCAGACCUAUGUGAUGUUAAUAUUGUGUUACUAAACAAAUCACCAGAUAUCUGGUCUGUUGUAUUUAACAAAAUAAAAUCUGCUUAAAAACAA